AUGACUGUCGACAAGGCUUCCACCUGCUGCGGCAAGAGCGCCGAGUGCGUCUGCGCCCAGCAAGCCAAGUGCUCCUGCGGCAAGCAGUCCGCUCUCCACUGCACUUGCAGCAAGGCAUCUACUGAGAACACCGUUGCCGGUCCCCGCUGCUCCUGCCGUGCCCGUCCUGCGGGCGAGUGCACCUGUGAACGUUCUUCUACCGAGAACGUCAAGCCUACUGGCCAGACUUGCUCUUGCGGUGUGCGCCCUGCUGACGCCUGCACCUGCGACAAGGCCUCUGAUGGCUCCUACAACCCUAGCGAGCACGAGAUCGACUUCACUACCCGCCGAUAG